AUGGCUAGUCCUCCUGUUCUAGCUUUCGACGCCGAGGGCCGUCCGGUCAAAUUCGAAACCUGGCUAGAUGACCUGCACCUUUUCCUACAGCUCACUGCCAAGGAAGAUAUUACACUGUACGACCACGCUCUCGGCCAUGCGACCGCCCCACUCGCUACUGCCCCCCCAGCUGAGCGCUCACAGUGGCAGACCCGUGACGCGCACGCUCGCUUUGCUAUUCGCAACUCCCUGCCGCUAGAUGAGCGCGAGCACUUCGGCCAGUGCAAGACUGCUAAGGACCUCUACACAGCUGUAGUGGCCCGCUACUCCUCACCCGCUUCUGCCACACUAGGCCGCCUCACUCUCCCCUACCUGUUCCCCGACCUAGCCUCUUUUCACACUGUCGCAGACCUCAUCACCCACCUUAAGACUAGUGAGGCUCGCUUUCGCGCUGCCAUGCCUGAUGAGUUCCUCGCUAGCAACCCCCCCCCGCUCUGGAUCACUCUCUACCACGUUGUCACCCGCCUCCCUGACUCUCUGCGCCCUGUCAGGGACCAGUUCCUCUCUCGCUCCCCCACUGAGCUCACCAUAGCCCUCCUCGAGAAGGAACUGCUUGCAGCCGAGGCUAGUAUCGUCGCUGUAGGCACCUCUCGUGGCGACCCCCGCGGCCCCUUCUUCGAGGGGUGCUCCCCUUCCCCCCUCCUCCCCUCUGUCGCCUCUGCUGCUGCUGUCGACCUCCUUGGUGCUGAGAAGGUCGGGGCUGCGUCUGCUUCAGGCGGACGACGCAGGGGCAGGAGUGGCAGGAGUGGGGGUGGUGGCGGAGGAGGCGGGGGUGGAGGUGGUGGCGGUGGAGGUGCGACUGGAGAGGCUAGUGGCGGCGGUGGUGGAGGUGACAGCGGUGUUGGGAGUGGUGACAGGGGCGGAGGUGGCAGCGGAGGCGGAGGUGGUCGUGGCAGCGGCAGGGGUGGAGGUGGCCGGGGCGGAGGCGGAGGGGGUGGUGGUCGUGGAGGCCCGGGGGGCGGUCAGAGUCAGCAGCCUGCCCCGACCCUUCAGGCCGCCCGUGAGUGGUAUGCGCGGCGCAGCGUCACCUGUCAGUACGUUAUUCGUACAGGUGACCGCACUGGCCAGACGUGUGGGGGGCCGCACCAGACGGAGCGCUGCUUCGCCCGCCUCAACGAUGCGUGGCGCACUCAGUUUCCUGGUGGGGGUGAGCUGCCGCGCUGGGCUGAUCUGCUCAGGAAGGGUGUUGAUAUUUGGGCACUUGACUUUGAUGCUAUUCUCACUGCCAUGUAUGCGAUGUCUAUUAGUGGAGAGGGUGCUCAGUACUUGCGUGUUCCGCCCGACCCGGGCAUUCAGGCCAGCCCCGCUGCUGCUCUAGGUGCUAGUGUGUCUGCUUCCGCAGGUACUUCUGCAGCUGCUGCUCUAGGUGCUUGUGCGUCUGUGCCCCCUGGUACUGAGUCGACUGCAGCACUGCACACCUUCACACUGGACUCAGGUGCUUCUCGCUCUUUCUUUCGUGACCGCACUGUCCUUGAGCCUCUAGCUCGGCCGGUUGCUGUCUCUCUUGCUGACCCCUCUGGGGGUCCGGUCCUUGCGACCUCCUCCACCACCCUUCCGUGUCCAGCGGUUCCGUCCGGCACGCUCUCAGGUCUCUACCUCCCCUCGUUCUCCACGAACUUGGUGGCAGGUAGUGCGCUCCAGGACUCGGGUGUUCACCAGUUCACCCCUGCCUACGAGCGUGUGACUCACUGCACGUGUGCUCGGACGGGCCGCCACCUAGCUACUUUCACUCGAGAGCCGGGGUCUGACCUGUACACACUGACCACUGAGUCCCCUCAGGUAGCUGCGUCUGCGUCAGCGUCAGGUCAGCUGUCCGCCCCCUGCUCGUGUCGCUCUCUGGCGAACGACACCGUCCUCUGGCACCACCGCCUUGGUCACCCGUCUGUGCAGCGCCUGCGGGCCAUGCACAAACGGGACCUUGUUGCUGGUCUUCCCAGGGUGCUCCCUCCCCUUCCUGACUCCCCUGCUCCUGACUGCAUUCCCUGUGUCGAGGGGCGGCAGCGCGCCGCUCCUCACUCCUCCUCCUUUCCCCCGACGACCGCUCCCCUGCAGACGCUCCACAUGGACGUGUGGGGCCCGGCCCGCGUCCGUGGUCAGGGUCAGGAGAGGUACUUCCUGAUAGUUGUUGACGACUACUCGCGCUACACCACGGUCUUCCCCUUGCGCGCCAAGGGUGACGUCCCUGGUGUUUUGAUCCCCUGGAUCAGCCGAGCCCGUCUCCAGCUAGGCGAGCGCUUUCACUCGGACUUUCCUGUCCUGCGCUUGCACUCUGACAGGGGUGGUGAGUUCGCCUCCGACCUCUUGGCAGCCUACUGUGCUGAGCACGGCAUUGAGCAGUCGUACACGCUUCCGGCCUCUCCACAGCAGAAUGGGGUUGCUGAGCGCCGCAUUGGCUUAGUCAUGGAGGUCGCUCGUACCUCCCUGACCCAUGCGGCUGCUCCCCACUUUCUGUGGCCGUUUGCGGUCCGGUACGCAGCGCAUCAGCUCAACCUCUGGCCCCGUGUCUCCUUGCCGGAGACUUCCCCGACUCUACGGUGGACGGGAGAGGUUGGCGAUGCGUCGCGUUUCCGGGUCUGGGGAUCUCGAGCUUUUGUCCGCGACACGUCCGCGGACAAGCUCUCGCGUCGCACUGUUCCCUGUGUCUUUCUUGGCUUUGUUCCCGACGCGCCUGGAUGGCAGUUUUACCACGUCACCUCGCGCCGGGUUCUGGCCUCUCAGGACGUCACUUUUGACGAGUCCGUCCCCUUCUACCGCCUCUUCCCCUACCGCACUGCCCCGCUCCCCCCCCCACCUCUCUUCCUCGCUCCAGGUGCUGAGGUACCAGACCCCCUCCCCCCUCAGGGUGCCGCUCCCUCAGGUGUGUCCCAGGUAGACCCGGGUGAGCCUGUCGAGGUAGCUGUUGACUCGCGUCCUGCGUCUGGGGGUGCUGAGCCUGGGAGUGCUGCGUUUGAGGGUGCGGAGCCUGGGGGUGCUGAGCCUGGAGGUGCGGAGCCUGGGGGUGCUGAGCCUGGAGGUGCGGAGCCUGGAGGUGCGGAGCCUGGAGGUACUGAGCCUGGAGGUGUGGAGCCUGGGGGUGCUGAGCCUGGAGGUUCGGAGCCUGGGGGUGCUGAGCCUGGAGGUGCGGAGCCUGGAGGUGCGGAGCCUGGAGGUACUGAGCCUGGAGGUGUGGAGCCUGGGGGUGCUGAGCCUGGAGGUGCGGAGCCUGGAGGUGCGGAGCCUGGAGGUGCUGAGUCUGGGGGUGCUGAGCCUGAGCGUGCUCCACCUGGAGGAGACCCCUCCUCCCAGCAGCUGCAGGAGAGGUACCUCGAGUACUGCCGCCUCCGGAGAGGUGCUUCUGGAGCUCGUCCCGGUACUUCCCCUCCUACCCAGGAGCUCCCCCCCAUUCAGGUGAUCCGCGAGUGGUACACGCGGCGCUGCAGUCUUCGUAGUGGUGCUCCUGGUACUGCGGACCCGAGCGGUGGUGCUGUUGCUGGUGCUGAGGACCCGGACGCUGGAGCUGCUGCUGGUGCUGAGGACCCGGGGGCUGGAGCUGCUGCUGGUGCUGAGGACCCGGGCGUUGGAGCUGCUGCUGGUGCUGAGGACCUGACCAGUGGCCCUGCUGCUGGUGUUGAGGACCCGGGCGUUGGAGCUGCUGCUGGUGCUGAGGACCCGACCGGUGGUGCUGCUGCUGGUGCUGAGGACUCGGGCGUUGGAGCUGCUGCUGGUGCUGAGGACUCGGGCGUUGGGGCUGCCACUGGUGUCCCUGCUGCUUCUGGAGACGCUGCGCGGCCGCGACCGUACUUCGUACCGCUCCUUCAGCAGGUUCUUGGUCAGGCUCCUCCUCCUUGUCCUCCUCCCUCCGUCGAGUGUCCUCUGCCUGUCCAGCCGCAGUCACAGUUACCGCCUGUCUCGCCUCUCCCUGCUCCCUCCCCUUACGCUGGUCCCACAGGAGGUCUUACAGAGCGUCGUGAGCCUGAGUCUCGUCCUGCGUCGCCUGUUCGUACUGCUCGCACUGGUCGUCGUGUCCCACGUGAGCGUCCUCCUCCUGUCCCUGGCACUCACUACAUGACUCUGCGUCCCUCCACUGCUCCUCAGCGUGUUCCGCUGCCGUCUCCUCCUGCGUCCUCUCUUCCUACUCUUCCUGACCCGGAGUCUGACUCCCGUCGUGCUGCCAGUCCCACUGUUACGCGUCUCCUCGCUACAGUUGUCACUGACCUGACCUUAAAGUCCUCUGCUGCGUCUGCCCUGGUCGCUGAGUUGGUUGACUUUGCUGCUCGCUGUCGCCUAGACUACGCUGCCAGCCUUGUCGCUAGGUCUGAGUCUGCGUCUGCCUGUCCUCCGUCCGUCGGGGGUGAGUGUGCCCUCGGCACGGACGUCCUUGAGGACAGACAGGAGGAGUUCCACUGCCUUGCUGCUGCUUUGCCCCGUCUCGUGUCCUUGCUAGUUGCCCCUGAGGGAGACCCGGAUGCACCAGACAUCCCGACCCCACGCUCUUACGCUGAGGCGAUGGCGGGUCCCUACUCCUCUCAGUGGCAGACAGCCAUGGACGCAGAGAUGGCCUCCUGGAAGUCCACAGGCACCUACGUAGACGAGGUUCCCCCUCCUGGGGCGAACAUUGUCAGUGGCAUGUGGAUUUUCAGGGUGAAGCGGCCGCCGGGUUCUCCGCCUGUUUUCAAGGCGCGCUACGUGGCUCGAGGCUUCAGUCAGCGAGAGGGAGUAGACUUCUUUCAGACCUUCUCCCCCACCCCGAAGAUGACUACUCUUCGGGUGCUGCUGCACAUAGCCGCUCACCGCGACUACGAGCUUCACUCUCUUGACUUCAGCACUGCUUUCUUGCAGGGCAGCCUGCACGAGGAGAUCUGGCUGCGCCGCCCCCCUGGCUUCACUGGGUCAUUUCCUCCUGGCACCCAGUGGAGGCUUCAGCGGCCGGUCUACGGUCUCCGCCAGGCGCCACGUGAGUGGCACGACACACUGAGGACGACACUUGCGGCUCUUGGGUUCGCUCCCUCUACUGCUGACCCGUCGCUGUUUCUACGCACCGACACCUCGCUGCCGCCGUUCUACAUCCUCGUGUACGUCGACGACUUGGUCUUUGCCACUGCUGACACCGCGGCACUCGCUCACGUGAAGUCGGAGCUGCAGAGGAGAUACACGUGCACAGACCUGGGUGAGCUGACGAGCUAUCUUGGCUUGCGGAUCACCCGGGACAGAGCACGGCGCACCAUCACCCUGACUCAGUCACACAUGGUGCAGCAGGUCCUCCAGCGCUUCCGCUUCACGUACUCCUCGCCUCAGUCCACUCCUCUGCCUACCGGUCACUCGCUCUCAGCUCUGCCUUCGGAUGAGUCCGUAGAGCCGAGUGGCCCGUAUCCAGAGCUUGUGGGCUGCCUCAUGUACCUGAUGACCUGCACUCGACCUGACCUUGCAUACCCUCUUAGCAUCCUAGCACGCUAUGUCGCUCCUGGCCGUCACCGGAAGGAGCACAUGGAUGCUGCUAAGAGGGUGUUGCGCUACUUGUGCAGUACGUCGGGCAUGGGGCUUGUGCUUGGAGGGCGAGACCGGGUUGUUCUCACAGGGCACUCAGACGCUUCUUGGGCAGACGACCAGGCUACUCAGCGGUCGUCCCAGGGUUACACCUUCAGCCUUGGCUCUGGCUCAGUUUCUUGGCGUUCUACUCGCUCUUCUUCUGUUCUCAGCUCCAGUUGUGAGGCUGAGAUCUACGCCACAGCCAUGGCUGCUCAGGAGCUACGCUGGCUGACCUACCUGCUGACCGACCUCGGAGAGCGGCCUCGUUCUCCUCCAGUGCUGUACGUCGACAACAAGGCUGCCAUUGCCUUGUGUGAGGAGCACAGACUGGAGCACAGAACGAAGCACAUCGCUCUGCGGUACUUCCUUGCUCGAGAGCUGCAGCAGCGUGGUCAGCUUUGUCUGCGUUACGUGGCCACGGAGGCCAACACUGCUGAUGUGUUCACCAAGGCGCUUCAGCCUUGUGACCAUCAGCGCUUUUGCACUCUGCUAGGCCUUGUACCUACUGGGCCUCACUUGCUUACCUCUUGA